AUGCUGAACUUGGUGAAGCCCUCAAUGGACUCGCCCGACGUAAUAUCACUAUCAUCACUAGAGAUUUCAACGCUAAACUUGGACGCCGCGUACCUGGCGAACCCUUCGUGGGCCUCCACGGACGCGGCUGCCCACAUCCAGGCGCUACACGACGCAAUUACCGACCCCAGCUCCUCUGACGCUAUACCAAUUGCUCCGCAAUGGUCUUCACUGUUCUACCGCGUCAAAGAGACCGCGAAAACCCUCAUCGGCUACCGCACCUGUCCAACAAUGCAAGCGCGCUACGAGGACCCAGUCAUAGCUGGCCUCUCCGCACACCAACGUGAUCUCCAACUACGGAUCUACAAUGAUAUGAAGGCGAAUACCUACGCUCUACGACGAGAGCGCAACGCAAUCCUGCAUCAAAUUCAAUUUCGUUGCAGAGACCUCGCAACCGAAAGUACCGACGACAAGAUCAAGCGGAUUGAAGGUUUGAGCUCCACAGCUCAAGUGCAUGAAGCGGUCCGCGAUACGAUCCGAACACGAGUGCAACCGAUCAUGCUACAUGACGCCAAAGAGCAAUUUCUUAUUAAUACGCGGUCCCCCAUCGACAUCGCCACGACAGCACGACCCCUGGAACAUCCGAUCACAGCUGACGAGUUUCGUUUCGCGCUUAAACAGCUCAGUAACGGCUGA